UGGGACUGUGUUGUGUUUAAUUAACCAUUCUUGUUAGUAAUAGUGUUACAUCUCAGUAUGAUGUGACACUUUGAAGAUAGUGUUUAUUCUUACCAGACAGUCCUGGUGUGCCAUUAUGAAAUCUGUCAGUAUUCAACACUUCCGUGUCUCUAUUUUUUAAAAUGAAUAGAUUGAUGUCGCAUGCAAUCCACUGCUGCUUAUGUUAUGAACUCCUUAACCAUUCUUAAGUACUGUUACAGUGGCAUACAAAGGAAAAAGAAUGUGAAGCCACCCACCCUCCCAUCCCUUCAAGUUCCUUCAGCAAAUGAGAAUGAUAAGAGUUCAGCAAAUGCAGCAAAUAGCUUGGCUGGAGGGGACAAAAUUGAGGAAGACCAGACUCUGUCUGCUGCCUGUUUACUUGUUUGUGAGUGGGCAAAUAAACUUCUGGGCAGAGUUUUCAGCACACUGAUUGAGUUGGCCAGAUUCCUUGUAGGUGGAAGUUAUGUUUCCAGCAAGUCCAUGGCAGCAUUUGUUGUCAUGUCUAGCAAUGAUUUGAACACGCCUCAGAUUGGCCACUCAUUAGUGUCAUUGAUUACCCCUUUAAAACAAGUCGAGGAGCAAAUGUUACUGACUCAGAAGCGACGUCAGCCACAACAGUUACCAAAAAAGAUGCCACAGCGACAACAGCAGAAACAGCUUCAACAACUUCCUGGUAAUGCCAUGCUACAACCGGGCCAAGCUUUAUGUAACACACCACAGCAGUUGUUAAAUCACAAAACACUGGUAAGCAUAUCAGCUCAACAGAAGUCUCUUCACAAGCAGCCGUUACACAUCCAGCCAAAACCUAUACAGCCCACUCUUCAGAGUCCUCCUGCUCAAAUGGGACAGUUUUACCAGCAACAGCAGCCUGGAGGUAACCCCACCACCCCACCCAGUAGCUAUCAAACCAAGAUAAGAUCUGUUACUCCAUCUAUGAUAUCCCCCACCACACCCAUUCAACCUGCUGUGCCACAGACACCAUCUCCUUUCCAGUCAUCACCAAAGUUCAACACGCCUGGAACACCCCAAAAUCGUCCAGUUACACCAAGUUCUGCAAGUGCUACUCCUCGACACACGCCAAACUCAGCAGAACCUACCCGCUUUCUUUUCACACCAAUUCCAAGUAGCGCUCAAGAACAGAGAGUGUCUAGAGGAGAAACAAGUCCGCCCACAUUGCGACCAACUGCCACUCACCCUAUGAUGAGCAAUGAUUGGUCUCAGCAAGGAGCAUCACAGAUGGCAGUCAAUGAUGUACCAAUGUCUCCAAGUAAACAACCAAGACUGACAAAUCAGAAUCCACCUUCUACUCCAACAGCUAACCGUAGACCUGGCUCAUUUGCUUACCCAUUGCCGUCACCAAGGACCCCUCAACGCAUAGCUCCACAGCAGUAUGUCACGUCUCCAACAAUGGCUUCUCCUGGUUGUGGCCGGCAGCUUAACCCCAUCUCUCCUAAUGUUGCACAGCGAGGGCAGGAAUUUAUGCUUCCAUUAGCAAUAUCCAAUGUUGAGAAUAUGGCUCAAACAGGCUUCUCCCAGGGUGUAAACAUGACAAGUCCUCCAUCAUCUGCUGCUGAUGUGCACAUGUCUCAACAUCAUUCUAAACAAGGGGGCACAGGUAUUGUUCCAAAAUCGUGCAGAUACAGUAAUACUUCAGAUAAUGGACACAUGCCACAGGCCUCUAUAGUCCAGACAAUGGAUUAUUCAUCAGAACUCGAGACAAUAUGUAACCAAGCUACAAGCUCUUCAGGUCAGAUGCCUCCGCCCUCAUACCAGCGCAGCCAAUCAGUUCCCCCUUUAACGCAGCAUGCACUGCAAGAUCAAAGGUUUCAUCCUCUGACACCGCAGACUAAUUCCCGCCCUCGACACCUCACACCAUCACCCAUGGAUACAUCAUCAAAUCAACACUUGAAUGGUUUAAAGGAGCUGCGUAAUAGAGUUCUUCAUGGUGAUGUCAAUAACAAUGGCUCAAGGCCAACACCAGAGAGUGCUUUUUCAGCAAGAAGAAAUCUCACUCCUAUGCUAAAUGCUGAACAUGCAAACAUAAAUGCCUCAAACUGGGGGGUGUCACAGGUCAGAACGAACAGCACUACCAGGGGAGGGGAGGACCAUGAAAUGACAAUACUUGAAACUAACUUGACAUUUGCAGAUCUCAGUCAUGAAAAUGAUGAGACUCUCUCUGAUCUGAACACUUUGGAUGAUGCUACAACAGAAGCAGUACUGAGAAACAUUUGCAACAAUACAUCAGGGGUGUGGCCAACAAGUGACGUCAAUCCAUGGCCAAGUUCUCAGGCACUAGAAAUCAUGGAUUAAAACAACGGUGCUGUAAAGGUCAAUUAAAAUGCAGACAUUGCCGUGCAAUUUCCAUCAAUGCCAACUUCAGUGCCAGUGGAUUUCUAAAUAUUUUGUGCAAAAGGUGUGUUCGAGGUCGAAUAUGGAAUUGUGGAGUUUAAUUUAUAUUUUCUUAUCAAACACAUUUUUAUGGCAACACGUAUUUGAGAGCAUAAAAUAAUAUAGCAGUGGACAUUAAAGAAUGAAUCAAAUGACUUAA